AGGAAUAUAAAGAUGAAGUGGGAGAAGAAGAAGGGGAUGCUCCAGAAGAUAAAGAUGAUCCAGAAUGGGAUGAUAAAGAUGAUCCAGAAUGGGAUGAUAAAGACGAAGUGGAUGAUAAAGAUGAUCCAGAAUGGGAUGAUAAAGACGAAGUGGAUGAUAAAGAUGAUCCAGAAUGGGAUGAUAAAGACGAAGUGGAUGAUAAAGAUGAUCCAGAAUGGGAUGAUAAAGAAAAAGUGGAUGAUAAAGAUGAUCCAGAAUGGGAUGAUAAAGACGAAGUGGAUGAUAAAGAUGAUCCAGAAUGGGGUGAUAAAGAAAAAGUGGAUGAUAAAGAUGAUCCGGAAUGGGGUGAUAAAGACGAAUUGAAUGAUAAAGAUGAUCCGGAAUGGGGUGAUAAAGACGAAUUGGAUGAUAAAGAUGAUCGGGAAGUUGAAAAUAGAGAAAAAGAUAAACAAGACCAGGAAGAAAAAGUAAAAGAUAAAGAAAAAGAUAACCAGGAAGUGGUAGCCAAAGAGGGAGAUGUGGAAGACGAAGCAAAAGAACCUG